AUGGUUUCAUAUGUCGCCAAUUCGUCUCAUGUAUCUAGGUACAUAAACAAGGAAAUUGGCAAACAAAAUGCCUUCGGCGCAGUUGAUAACUUGCCAACCGCAAUUAUGUCAUCAGCUUCGCCCAAUCCCUUACUAUCGGCGCCUUCUGACAAGCUCCUGGCACCUGCUACGCCUGAUUCACCAGUCCCCUUGAAGCGCACGUUGGAUCGCUCUCCCUCUGACAGAGCUGGCAAGCGCGCUAAAGUUAAGGGCCGCACGAACAAAAGGACUUGGGACGAGGCGCGUGAUCCUGACGAGGAGAGAGGAGAGAAAACCCGGGAUAACUCAUACCAUGAAAUUUGGUACUGCAAGCACUGCGACUCGGCCAAAAAGCCGAACUCGGUAACAACCAACCUGAGCCGAGCCCGCAAGCACCUACGGGACUUUCAUGGCAUCCGGGUUGUAGAGCGGGUAGAAGGGUCAGAUCUGAAGAAGCAGCAACAUGGCACCAUUACAGAUAUGUUUGGAAGGCAGGAGGAGCGCCAAGCCAAUCGAAAUCUUGACGAAGAAAAGUACCUGGUAAAUGGUAUUAACAUUCCUGCAUUCGAGGAAGCACUUGCUAGGCUUCUUGCGGUUCGCAACAUUGCCCACUCGUUCAUCGAAUACCCUGAGUUUCACGCCGUUAUACUCUCCUGCAACUACAUGGCCCGGGACGUCCUCUUACGCAGCCGCAGAGCGGUCCCGAAGCUUCUCGAAAACACUUUCGCUCUACAUAAACAAGGUCUCGUUGGGAAGCUUCGUAAUUGUCUCUCAUCCAUGGUUCACUUCACUAUUGACAUGUGGACCUCAUCGGAACAGAAGGCGGCAUACCAGGCAAUCGUGGCCCAUUUUGUAGAUGCAGAUACAAGAGAAGUCGCCCAAGCGUUGUUGUCGCUGCGCGAGUUCAAAGGAAGCCACAGCGGGGAGUUGCAAGCCAAGGUUUUCCUAGAAGUGGUCGAAGAGUACGGUCUCAGCGAGAAAGUUGGCUACUUUACGAUGGAUAAUCACGAUGCUAACGAUACCAUGCUUGACGAUAUUGCAAAAGGCAUUGAGGCUUUAGAUCCGGUUGCCAGGCGACUACGCUGCAGCGGCCACAUUAUGAACCUCAUCGUUCAAGCAUUCCUCUCUCGGGGCAAGGCAAAGAAGAUCCAGGAGGAUGAACAAGAGGGAAUUGAUAAGGCGUAUGAGCGACUGUGCAGACAAUCCGAGAAAGAAGGAGGAGGCAAAAUUACGAAAGCACAGGCUACCGAGGAGUGGCGGGAGUUUAGUGUCCUGGGCAAGCUCCACAACUUGUGCAUAUAUUCAAGAAGUUCUACCAGCAUUCACAACGACUUCAAAGCCAAGAUUGGCAGGGCCUUGCCGAGGGACAAUGAUACACGUUGGAACUCAUGGUUUCGCCUUAUUGAUGUGGCUAUUGAGAGGCGCGCCAAGUUCAUGGAUUGGAUCCAAGAAAAUCAUGCCAAAAUACAGAAAGACGCACUGGACCACAACGAUUGGAACGAACUCAGAGAUAUCCAUGCCUUUUUACAGGUAUUCACCAGAUCUCAGUACGCCAAGGCCGAGAGAAUACACUGGAUGAAGUUCUGUCCCACAUGGAUUUCCUCCAUCAUCACUUCACACAGACUCAAAGUCGGGCUUUCAGCAACCCGCAAGUAUUACCAGCUUACCGAACAAGCCCCCGUGUACGUGGCCGGGAUUCUCCUCCACCCAGCACUCCGAAAGAGCUAUCUGAGUGAGCAGUGGAAGAGAAAUCCAGCCUGGGUUAGCAAUGCAGUGAAGGCUGUAAGGCAGAUUUGGUCGCAGGAGCACAAAAGCUACCAGCUCCCAGAGAGGCAACAGGAGAAUGGGCAAGAGCUUGAUGAGUUUGAUCGCUGGAGGAGGAAGGUAUACAGCACAGCGAGUGAGGUGAAGGAUGAAUUUGAUCGUUUCAUCCAUGUAAGUAAAUUUACAGCGUGUGAUGGACGGACGUUGACGCUUUCUCACAGGGCUCACAGGCCGGAAUUGGGCAACAAACGGCCUUACAGUGGUGGCUUGAACCGACCCAGCAAGCGAACUUCCCCCUCCUCUCCCGCAGAGCGAAUCUUCUCGGGCGCGAGACGGCAGGUCACGUGGGACAGAUGCAGUAUGUCUGCGAAUAUGGUAGAGGCAUGCGAGUGCAUCAAGAGCUGGAUAAGCAUUCCAAAGGGGAAAAACAGGCCACUUCUUGCUGGGGUGUUUAGGGCAGCAAAGGAUAUAGACGCGGCCGUAAGGAUACUGCAGGAAGAUUUAGAAAUGGACAAGGGGGCGGACAGUGAUGUCGAAGCUGGGGACUUGGUACUAUAG